ACGUCAACCACGAGAAAAAACUUAAAAAUGAAUUUGAUUCUCUUCUUAAUAGUUGUGUGCUUUAGCACGGGAUAUUCUAUUGAAUAUGUUGAAGAACUUUACAAAUGGAAAAUUAUUCAGUACGAAAAUCCACCACAAUCAGAAAAUUCUUCAAUAGGACCGUACCCGUACUAUGUGCCAGAAUUCAAUAGUAUUGUACAAAUGGGAUAUCAUCCUCAGAGUGGACUCAUGAUUGUUACAGUGCCACGAAUGCGACCAGGUGUGCCAAUAACUUUGGGAGCCUUCUGUGUGCAAGGCAAUCCGGUUGGAUCAAGCCCUAAAAUUUGGGGAUUUCCCAACUAUGAAGUGAAUACGUUGGAAGCAUCAGACUACCAGAGCUCCCCCUCUGCAAGGAAAUGGUGGAUGAAUGAAACAUCCUACGAGAGACGCUACAAUGCUUACUACAGACCACUAUGGCAGAAUUUCAAUCAAUACACUAAACCAAAUUUAAGGAUAAUUUCAACGUACACUGUUAACAUUGAUGAAAAGUGCAAUAGAGCCUUCACCCUUGACUGGGGUUACUUGGUUUUUCCAGAAAUUGGAACAUUUAUGAUUCAAAAGCCCGCAAUUCUUGUCUUUGAUGUCCCCCUAGAUGGUUGUAAGACGCGCAAUUUCAAGCUAAUCCGUCGAAUUGAAUUACCAGACUUUAUAAUAAACGACGGAACUAUUGGAUUCAUGUAUAUGACCCUUGACCAGCAGCAAUCUAGCAAUUGCGAUGAUCUCUUCAUCUACAUGGGAGAUAUGUUUGCCCACAUUCUCGCAGUGUAUGACUACAAAAAGGACGAAUUUUGGGCCUUUCGCAAUCAACCAUCUUUUCUCCCCGAGAAAGCUGAAUCAAAUUUAGUCGAUGAUGAUUUUAAAUUUUACCUAGAAAUGGGAAUAGUUCAUCUAGCCCUAAGCUAUCCAGAUAAAUACGGAGAUAGCUUAGCGUACUACUUGUCUUGCUCAAGUGCUGCUUUUUACUCUGUACCCACAAAAGUCCUAAAAGACAAAAAGAACGUCUACAGGAAGCACAUUGGUGAUGAAUUUCAGUGGGUUGGCUACCGCGGGUGCCAUAGUCAAACAUCCGCAAUGGCCGUUGACUACACGUAUGGUGUAGUAUUUUUUGCAGAACCAAAUUCAAGUAGAAUUCGAUGCUGGAACAUGCGGAAACCCUUCAAACAGGACAAUAUGGGGGUUGUUUAUCAAUCUCCAACACCAAUGUACGUAAUGAUAGUUUUUGUGGAUUCUCAAGGAUACCUUUGGUUCAAUAAAACACGCAUUGGAUUAAUAUUCAUGUCUGGACUCCCUCUGAAUAUCCAUAAAGUUCAUUCAGCCUUCUAUAGGGUUAAAGUUUCAGAGGCAAUUAAAGGAACAAUUUGUGAGAAUAAUUAUUUUCCCAGAAACUAUUGGCUGCAUUAAAUCCUUAAUUAAUCAAUAAAGAGAAAUAAGUUUUAUGUGAAAAAUAGAUGAAAUACAUUUUAUUUCAAUCCACGUGAAAGUAAUAAAAUUAAUCAGGUGCGAAAAAUUCUUUUCUGCACCUUUUACUCGAAGAGAUUUUUUUCUUAGCCUGCAGAAUAAAGUGGAACCGUUUUUGAAGACACACAAAAUAUUCAUUAAUCUCUUCUCGUCUUGAUUUAACACACAUUAAACCAGGUGGAAAAAUAUAGUUUUUAUUCUUUUAUGCGAAUGAAGAGAUGUUAAAAAGAAUGAAAUUGGAAGGGAAGCGAAUAAAUUAUAAGCAGUCAACGAAGAGAAUCUCAUUGGAUUAAUAAAGAAAAUCCCAAUAUUUGGAUUAGAAAUUGAGUGAGGUAUAAAAGCCAAGAUCAAGAGCACGUUAAAUCAGUCUUAAUCACACCGUCUACAAAGUUAGAAAGGUUUUCAGAGGAAUGAAAAUGAAUAAAUUAAUUUUUCAAGCAAUAUGUUGCAUAGUAUUUGGAUUAAGUGCUGUGUAUGUCCAAGCUGAGAUUGCCUUUAAAUGGAAUAAAAUUGAGUUUGAAAGUUUACCUCAAUCGCGUAAGAAAAUGUGAAGAAGAUCUUUAAAUAAAAAUUAAAGGU